UGUCAUCACCUUGAACGAUUGCUUGUAUGUGCAUCCAUCGAUAAAACAGCGCGUCUAUGGAAUCUCGACACAAACCUCCCAGUCGGUCCACCCCUCCGACAUGAGGAUGCUGUGCUCUGCGCAGCCCUUUCCGCUGAUGGAAAACUGCUAGUCACUGGUUGCAAAAACGGAAACGCGUAUGUGUGGGACAUUCAAGCCAUCCUCAAAGAAGAUGGCCUUGAAGACAUCCUCCAACCUCUGUCUAAUGUCCCAGCUCGAAUGAACAGCAAUGCUACUCGACGUCCACCUAUCCAGGCCCGUCCAAUACCGCCUGCCUUUUUCGAUGGCGUACAAAAUGGCCCCCAGUCAUCUCCAACACGUAGUACCCAUCGUUCUCCCGCUCGCAGCACUCUGGCACCUCUUCUCAAACAUUUUUCAUCCCUUUUCCACCACUCUCACUCAAAUGUUGAUGAAGCAACCGAUCUCCAGCAACGCCCAAGGUGGUCGAUCCUCUCUCGUGGUCCUCGUAUCGUCGAAGUGGCUGCAGUAAAGGACAGAGAGGUUAUAUUCACUGCUCCCCCACCGCCAGAAAAAACGCAGCAGCAGACCCAAUCGCACGCCCAGGAAUCAUCUACGACACAGCCUGCUCCAGGUACUAAUCCUACUACACCACGUCGCAGAUACCCACUACCCGUCCGAUUAUUGGCUCAUCUCGUGCUUUUUUGUUGCUGUGCAUCACCUCAGCACGCUAAUGAAAAUGCACAACGAACACAGCAGCAAAGCCAAGUCCAUGCCCAGGCGUCAUCAUUACAGACUCAGUCUACUGCCGCCUCGACAUCCGCUCCUGCGACUAUUCCUACCGCGCUAAGCGCAGCAAGCGCGUAGCCACGGCCCCUCCUAUGGCGGACUCAUUUCGUUUUCUCUUCUACUGUGCAACUCCCCCACACGCCGAUGGACAUUAAUACUGACUCGUGCAAUGCAUCGUUCGAUAAUGUCAACCGUUGCAAGAGAAAAAAUCAGUUUUAUGGUCUGUGACCCUACGUCGGACAUAGCCCUAUUCGAGUGCGGAGU